ACUGUCACCUACAAAGUCUUCCUCUCCGGCAAGAGCGGCGUCGGCAAGACGGCCUUGGUGGCCACGCUGGGGGGGACCCCCGUGUCCCCCGUCCACCACGAGACCCUGGGCAUAGAGGUCACCACCGUCUACUGGCCGGCCAAGCUGCGGGCCACCGGCCGCCCCGUCCUCUUCCAGCUCCAUUUUUGGGAUUGCGGGGACGGCGCCCUGAAAAAAUUCGAGCAUCUCCUGCCCGCUUGUAAGGAGGACGCGGACGCCAUCCUCUUCCUCUUCUCC